UUUUGUCUGGAAAUUCCAGGAGGUUUCGGCUGUCCUCACGCUGCUCCUCAGAUCCUGGGUUUGGAUUGUGCGUCCCUGAAGCUAUGCUGCCAGAGUGCGCUAUGGGUUUACAAGAGCAAGAAAAGAUGGAUAAAUCUCUGGACUUGGUAUCAUUUGAGGAUGUGGCUGUGGACUUCACCUGGGAGGAGUGGCAGGACCUGAAUGAUGCUCAGAGAACUUUGUAUAGAGAUGUGAUGCUGGAGACCUACAGCAACCUGGUGUCACUGAAUGUCCAGAUAGAUGAUGACCUCAUGGAGAGGAAGCAUGAAAGUUACAGUAGAUGCUUUCAGCAAGUUGUAAUCACCAACAGCAACACAUCAGCUGAGGAGAGAGUUGUGUUAGGAAAAUCAUUUUAUUUGAAUUCAUAUCAUGUUUUAAAUCAGAUUAUACAUAAUGGAAAGUAUUCAGGAAAGGGAAAUGAGUUUUACAUAUGUCAGAAUGCACUUCUUCCUAGAAAGCCUGAUGAGAUGCCUGCUGGAGAGAAACCUGAUGAUCAUCAUAUAACUAGAAAAUUGCCCAGACAUCAUGAGCCUCUUAGUCAACAUCCCAAUAUUCAACCUGGGAAGCAGAUUUUAGAAUACAGUGGAAAAGGGAAAUCCUCCAACACAGAGCCAAUAAUAUUUACACAUAAAAAGAUUCAUAUGGAUGAGACCACCUAUAAGUAUAAUGAGUAUGGGAAAGGUAAGUCAGCUGUCAUUGUCCAAGAAAUAAACCAGGUAGAAAGGAAAACCCUUCAAUGUGUUAUAUGUGGGAAAAUGUUCUGUAAGAAGUCUGAACUCACUAAACAUCAGAUUACACACACAGGAGAGAAACAUUAUAAAUAUACUGAAUGUAAGAAAUCUUUUGCUAAGAAAUUAUACCUUACUUCACACCAGAGAACAGCUACACAGGAGAAGCUUUAUCAUUGUAAUGAACAUGAGAAAAAUUUUUGUCAGAAGUCAGACCUUACAGUAAAUCAGGGAACUCACACAGGAGAAAUGUAUUAUGGAAGUAUUAGCUGUGGAAAAAGCUUCUGUCAGAAUUCACUCCUCAGCCAUCCUGAGAGACUUCACCCAGGUGAGAAACCAUAUGAAUGUAGAGAAUGUACAAAAUUUUUCUACCAUGUGUCAGCCCUCACUGUAUAUCAGAGAGUUCACACAAGUGAGAAACCACAUAAAGAAUAUAAAAAAACAUUUUACAGUAAUAAAUGUAAAACCUUUCUCCAGAAGUCACACUGCAACAGUCAUCAGAGAACUCACACAGGUGAGAAACCAUGUGAAUGUAAGGAAUGUGGAAAAACUUUUAACCAAAUGUCAAGCUUCAGCAUUCAUCCCAGAAUUCACACAGGUGAGAAACCAUAUGAAUGUAGAGAAUGUGGAAAAGCUUUUAACCAAAAGUUUUACUUAAGCAUUCAUCAGAGAACUCACACAGGUGAGAAACCAUAUGAAUGUAAAGACUGUGGAAAAGCUUUUAGCCACAAGUCAAGCAUCAGGAAGCAUGAGAGAAUUCACACAGGUGAGAAACCAUAUGAAUGCAGAGAAUGUGGAAAAGCUUUUAGCCAAAAGUCAAGCCUCAGCACUCAUCAGAGAACUCACACAGGUGAGAAGCCAUAUGAAUGCAAAGAAUGUGGAAAAGCUUUUAGCCACAAGUCAAGCAUUGGGAAGCAUGAGAGAAUUCACACAGGUGAGAAACCAUAUGAAUGUAAAGAAUGUGGAAAAGCUUUUAGCCUAAAGUCAUACUUCAGCAUUCAUCAAAGAACACACACAGGUGAGAAACCAUAUGAAUGUAAAGAUUGUGGGAAAUCUUUUGCCCAUAGGUCAGACAUCAGGCAGCAUGAGAGAAUUCACACAGGUGAGAAACCAUAUGAAUGUAAAGAUUGUGGAAAAGCUUUUACCCACAAGUUAUCCUUCAGCAUUCAUCAGAGAAUUCAUACAGGUGAGAAACCAUAUGAAUGUAGAGAAUGUGGAAAAACUUUUAACCAAAAGUCAGGACUCACCAUUCAUCAGAGAACUCACACAGGUGAGAAACCAUAUGAAUGCAAAGAAUGCGGAAGCACUUUUAACCAGAAGUCACACCUGAGCAGUCAUCAGAGAAUUCACACAGGUGAGAAACCAUGUGAAUUUAAGGAAUGUGGAAACACUUUUAACCAAAAGUCAAGCCUUACCAUUCAUCAGAGAACUCACACAGGUGAGAAACCAUAUGAAUGUAAAGACUGCGGGAAAGCUUUUACCCACAAGUCAGGCAUCAGGAAGCAUGAGAGAAUUCACACAGGUGAGAAACCAUAUGAAUGUAAAGAAUGUGGAAAAGCUUUUAGCCAAAAGUCAAACCUCAGCAUUCAUCAGAGAACUCACACAGGUGAGAAACCGUAUGAAUGCGAAGAAUGUGGAAAAGCUUUUAGCCAAAAGACAGGCCUCAGCAGGCAUGAGGUAAUUCAUACAGGGGAGAAACCAUAUGAAUGUAAAGAAUGUGGAAAAGCUUUUAGCCUAAAGUCAUACUUCAGCAUUCAUCAGAGAACUCACACAGGUGAGAAACCAUAUGAAUGUAAAGCCUGUGGGAAACCUUUUGCCCACAAGGCAGACAUCAGGCAGCAUGAGAGAAUUCACACAGGUGAGAAACCAUAUGAAUGUAAAGACUGUGGAAAAGCUUUUACCCACAAGUCAUCCUUCAGUAGGCAUCAGAAAAUUCAUACAUUUGAGAAGCCACAUGAAUGUAAAGAUGGACAAACUUUUACCCACAUGUCAGACAUCAGGAAACAGAGAAUUCACACAGGUCAGAAACCACAUGAAUGCUAGGAAUGUGGAAAAGCUUAACCAAAAGACACACCUCAGCAGCCAUCAAAGAAUUCACAUAGGUGGGAAACCAUGUGAAUGUAAGGAAUGUGAGAAAACAGUUUACUGGAACUCACUGUAAUAGACAUGAACAAAUUCACACAUGGGAAAAUCCCAAUUCAUGUAAUGGCCAUGGAAGAAGGUUUUGCCAUAAAUCGUGUCACAUUUCAUCAGAGAACUCACACCAAGAAGAUGCCCUAUAAAUGCACAACUGUCCCUUGCUAUUGGAGGGUGUUUUCAGGAGCCUGUUGAUGAAAACACUUGCAAAUUAUGAUGCCCCUUCUAUAAAUGGUGUACUGUUUCAAUAUUACCUAUGAACCUUUUUCCAUGUCUUUUACAUCUUUAGUAGAAUAUGUUACUGAAUACAGAAGAAUUCCUUAUAAA